AUGCGACGCAUGUUUGUGAGGUUCAACUCCAGCCAUGGUUUCCCAGUGGAGGUCGAUUCCGCCACCAGCAUCUUUCAGCUCAAGGAGGUGGUUGCUAAGCGACAGGGGGUUCCGGCUGACCAGUUGCGUGUGAUUUUCGCAGGGAAGGAGCUCAAGAAUGACUUGAUGGUGCAGAGCUGUGACCUGGAUCAGCAAAGCAUCGUUCAUGUCGUGAUGAAGCCUGGGGGCAAAGGCCAAGAAAGGAACACAGCUGGGAACAGCCCACGGGACGCCACGGGGGCCUCGGAGAGGGAGCCCGAAAGCCUGACUCGCGUUGACUUCAGCAGCUCCGUGCUCCCGACCGACUCAGUGGGACUGGCUGUCAUUCUGACUGAGGACAGAGAGGAUGACGCCCCACCUGCUGGAAAGCCAGCAGGUAGACCAACCUACAACAGCUUUUACGUCUAUUGCAAAGGCCCCUGUCAAACAGUGCAGCCAGGAAAGCUCAGGGUGCGGUGUGGCACCUGCCGACAAGCAACGCUCACCUUGGCUCAGGGCCCGUCUUGCUGGGACGAUGUCUUGAUCCCGAACCAGAUGAGUGGCGAAUGCCAGUCCCCACACUGCCCUGGGACCACCGCAGAAUUCUUCUUUAAAUGUGGAGCACACCCGACCUCUGAUGAGGAAACAUCGGUGGCUUUGAACCUGAUCACAACAAAUAGUCGUGAUAUCACCUGCAUAACAUGUAUGGACGUCAGGAGCCCGGUCCUGGUCUUCCAGUGCAACCACCGCCACGUGAUCUGCUUAGACUGUUUCUACCUGUACUGCGUGACGAGACUCAACGACCGGCAGUUUGUCCCUGACCCUCAGCUCGGCUACUCCCUGCCUUGUGUAGCCGGCUGCCCCGACUCCCUGGUUAAGGAGCUCCAUCACUUCAGGAUUCUCGGAGAAGAGCAGUACAACCGGUACCAGCAGUACGGCGCCGAGGAGUGCGUGCUGCAGAUGGGGGGCGUGCUGUGCCCCCGGCCUGGCUGCGGGGCCGGGCUGCUGCCCGAGCCCCAACAGAGGAAGGUCACUUGCGAAGGGGGCGACGGCCUGGGCUGCGGGCUCGUCUUUUGCCGGGACUGUAAGGAAGAGUACCACGAGAGUGAAUGCAUCCCUCUGGCCUCCGGAGCAGCUGCCCAGGCCUACAGAGUGGACGAGAAGGCAGCAGAGCAGGCUCGGUGGGAAGAAUCUUCCAAAGAAACCAUCAAGAAAACCACCAAGCCCUGUCCCCGCUGCCACGUGCCAGUGGAGAAAAAUGGAGGGUGCAUGCACAUGAAGUGCCCGCAGCCCCAGUGCCAGCUCGAGUGGUGUUGGAACUGUGGCUGUGAGUGGAACCGCUCCUGCAUGGGGGCCCACUGGUUCGACGUGUAG